AGACUGUUUUUUCGGGAAAGUUACGAAACUGCUAUCAUGCAAUUCGAAUAGUUCCGAAAGUAAGUUCGAAAUUCGUAGAGUUGCAUUCACUGAAUUCACUCGGAACGGAAAAUUUUUAAGUUUAGCGGAAUUUUUGUACGACAGGUUUGUGGUAACGGAGAAAUAAAUUUAAAAAAGAAAAAUGUCCAAAGUAAUUACCACCAAGCAACAAUAUGCACUAAUGGUUGAGCUGUUACAGCAAAAGCCUGAAAUGGCGCAGGGUUUUACAAAGUGCCCUAAAGAGGAAGUGGCAGCUUUUUGGAACAACAUGGCCCAAGAACUAAAUAGUGUUGGUCCGCCUAUCAAGGAUAUUUCCAGCUGGAAGAAGGUAUGGCUUGACUGGAAGGCGUAUAUAAAAAGGAAACUUGUUGAAAAUAAAAAGGAGCAGUCAGCUACUGGUGGCGGCAGAUAUAGGCAGCACCAUUUCAACGAAUUGGAGGAAGCGGUGAUAGCACUAACGGCAUUGCAAACAAGUGCAAGUGGCAUUGACAAUACAGUUAGCAUCGGCUUACCAAUUGUAGCCGACGUGGGCAACGAGACGUUAGCUGACGUAUCAAUGCCAUCAGUGACCUGCAGUCCAGCACUGCCUAAACGUACUACUAGGCCACCGGAAACCUGUACAGCCGAUGUAAUUAAAGAACAAUUUCAAAUUCAAAAAGAUUUUCAGGAAAAGGUCAUCGAAAAGUUGGAUGAUCUUUCAGUACGUAUGCGACGAGUGGGCAGAGCAUUGGAAGUGCAAAAUGAUUUAAAAAAUGCGGAAGUGGAAGAAAUUAGAAGGCACAACAUAGCUAUGGAGAAUUUGAUAGCUGCUAAGAAUUCGAUUAAGCAGCGAAUGUUAGAAAUAGAAGAAAAAAAAUUGCAGAUAUUAUACUCUGGCACUAUCUACGCUCCGUGUUUAAAUCAAGUCUCUGACAAUGAAAUAAUUGAAAAUUUGAAAGAACAUGGUGUUACAUCCAUUUACAAAUUUCUAAAAUAUAUAAAUGGUCAACCCACCCCAAGUGGCGUGGUUCUUUUAACCUUCGAUCGCUACUACUUACCCGAAAAAUUGAUGUAUCAUGGUAUACCACCAAGAUAA